CUAUAUGUUUAGAUAUAUUAUUAUACAGGGUGAAGGAUUUGAGUUUAACUUCUAGGUGAACAUAAAUUUAGAACUCCUUUUCUUUUUAUUCAGAUUACAUCUAUCAUUUGGGUUUAUAUUUGGUAAUCUGGGUUUUGUUUUCUGAGGUUUUUUUCAUUUGGUUAACACUUACAAAUUACAAAUAGGUAUUUUGAUCUUGAGUUAGUUGUAGUUUGGUUUGUGGAAGAUCAGCUUUAAAACCCGCCAAAAGAUGUAACUGAUUAAAGUCUGAUACUUUAGGCUGCUUUAAGUCCAUGUGUGAGAAUCUCCUUUUCUUCCUUUGUGCUUUUCUCGGUCAGUCUUCUUCCUUUUAUUGCUUUCUUUGUUAAGCAUUCCAGCAGGAAUUUAAAUCAAGUUUGAUUAAUAUGCAGCUGAACCUGCACUUAUAAUUUUGGGGCCAGCCCAACUUGAAGUGGAAUAUACUUAACAUCUGGGUCUGUUGGCACGUCGGAGUAAAUGUCAUUCCGCAGUAUAGUGCGCGAUGUAAGGGAUGGGUUUGGAAGUUUAUCAAGACGAAGUUUUGAGGUGAGGCUGCCUGGUCAUCACAGGGGGAAAUCUCAUGGUUCGGUCCAUGAGGUACAUGACCAACCUUUGGUAAUCCAAAAUAGCUGUUGGGCUAGCCUACCUCCCGAACUGCUGCGUGAUGUAAUAAAAAGAUUGGAGGCUAGUGAGAGCACGUGGCCUUCUCGCAAGCAUGUUGUUGCUUGUGCUGCUGUGUGCAGAUCAUGGAGGGAAAUGUGCAAGGAAAUCGUCAGAAGUCCUGAAUUUUGUGGGAAGAUUACCUUCCCAGUGGCCUUGAAGCAGCCAGGAUCUCGGGAUGGAACCAUCCAGUGCUUUAUCAAGAGGGACAAGUCUAAUUUAACUUACCACCUUUUCCUUUGCCUUAGCCCUGCUUUGCUUGUUGAAAAUGGGAAAUUUCUUCUUUCUGCAAAGCGAACGCGGAGAACUACUUGCACAGAGUAUGUGAUCUCCAUGGAUGCUGAUAAUAUUUCAAGAUCAAGCAACAAGUACAUUGGGAAAUUGAGGUCUAAUUUUCUAGGCACCAAAUUUAUUAUUUAUGAUACCCAACCUCCCUACAACAGUGCUCAGCUUUCCCCACCUGGGCGAAGCCGUCGGUUCUACUCUAAAAAGGUAUCUCCCAAGCUCCCCACUGGCAGCUACAACAUCGCACAGGUGUCGUAUGAGUUAAAUGUGCUUGGCACACGGGGGCCACGAAGGAUGCACUGCACCAUGCACUCAAUCCCUGCAGCAUCCCUUGAACCUGGUGGCAUUGUCCCUGGCCAGCCUGAGAUUCUCCAACGCUCCCUUGAGGACUCAUUCCGAAGCAUUUCCUUCUCAAAAUCAAUUGUUGAUUCAAGUGAGUUUAGCAGUGCACGAUUCUCUGAUGUAGUUGGGGCCCAUUGCGAAGAUGGAAAGGAAAGACCAUUAAUUCUUCGGAACAAGGCACCAAGGUGGCAUGAACAGUUGCAGUGUUGGUGCUUAAACUUCCGGGGAAGGGUGACAGUUGCCUCUGUCAAAAACUUUCAGCUAAUAGCGGCCGCACCACCUUCUGCUGGCGCACCAACGCCAUCUCAACCACCACAGCCAACCUCGUCUGACCAUGACAAGGUCAUACUUCAGUUUGGUAAAGUUGGCAAGGAUAUGUUUACCAUGGAUUACCGGUAUCCGUUGUCUGCGUUUCAGGCUUUUGCGAUCUGCUUGAGCAGCUUCGACACCAAAUUAGCAUGUGAAUAGUGGAGAGAAAUUAUGGCAAGAAAUAGAAAGUGUAGUUGGUAAUUCUUUUUUCAUCUUUUCGCGCUUCUCAUAUGGAUUGUUGUUGUUGUAUAUGAUGACACUGUUACAACUCAUAGUAGUCUGGAAGUGCACAACAACAGAAGUGCACACUGCAUGAGGGCGCCUGUGUUUUUUUUUAUUUGUUUUUUUUUUAAAUAUUUAUAUUAUUUUUCAGUUUUUUUC